UGGCGUGGCCGGACGAGGCCGUUGAGCUUCUGGACUGACUCCGGGAGGGGGUGGCAGGGCAGAGUGGAAGCACUGAGCCAAGCUGCGCAGUCAGACGCGGACUGGGGCGCCAGCUGAAGAAGCCGGACUUUCAGCGUGUAGCCAGGACCGAGACAGCAGUGUGUCCAUUGUCCAGAACUCAUCUGAGAAACUGCCACAGAAAUUGCUGCUCUGCUCCAAGCUGAUCACUGAACAGGGAGCUCCAGAAGCUGCAGGAUGGGGGCGGCCUGCGUCAAAGUCACCAAGUACUUCCUCUUUCUCUUCAACUUGCUGUUCUUUAUCCUGGGUGCCGUGAUCCUGGGCUUUGGAGUGUGGAUCCUCGCAGACAAGAACAGCUUCAUUUCUGUCCUGCAAACCUCGUCCAGCUCACUGCAGGUUGGAGCCUAUGUCUUCAUCGGCGUGGGCGCCAUCACCAUGCUCAUGGGGCUCCUGGGCUGUAUUGGUGCUGUCAAUGAGGUCCGCUGCCUGCUGGGGCUGUACUUUGUCUUCCUUCUGCUGAUCCUCAUUGCGCAGGUGACCGUAGGGGUCCUCUUCUACUUCAAUGCUGGCAAGCUGAAGCAGGAGGUGGGCAACAUGGUGAUGGACAUCAUUCAGAACUACAAGGUCAAUGCCAGCAGCAGCCGUGAGGAGAGCCUGCAGGAGGCUUGGGACUACGUGCAGGCGCAGGUGGAGUGCUGUGGCUGGGUCAGCUUCUACAACUGGACCGAGAACUCGGAGAUCAGGAACUCUACGGAGAUCCUUUACCCCUGCUCCUGCGAGGUCACGGGGGAGGAGGACAACCAGCGCAUUGUGAAGAAGGGGUUCUGCGAAGGCCAGGGCAACAGCACCCAGGGCGAAAACCUCCCAGAAGAGUGGCCUGUGCACAAGGAGGGGUGCAUGAAGAAGGUGCAGGCGUGGCUGCAGGAGAACCUGGGCAUCCUCCUGGGCGUCUGUGUUGGCGUCGCUGUCAUCGAGCUGCUGGGGUUGCUCCUGUCCAUCUGUUUGUGCCGGCACAUUCAUUCUGAAGACUACAGCAAGGUCCCCAAGUACUGAGGCUGCUGACGCUCCCCUCUGUCCUGUGUCUCUCCACCCUCAGCCUCCGAUGGGGCCUCUCUGGCUCUUUCCCCCAUGGCCGGUGCGCCGUCCACCUCUAAGGCCUCUGGCUCAUCCUGAACAGGCCGCAUCAGGGACUCUCUGGGCCUGGACCCUUCUCCCUGCCCCUCUGCUGCCAGUUUGGAGCCCUGGCUGUUCUGUGGCUCUUACUUACUGUCUGGGACCCAUUAACAGCUUGAGAUGGCUCCCAGUGUUACUGUACAGAAUGGCGGGGUCCCCACCCUGAAGUCCUAUUAUAUUGUAUUAAAUACCAGGGAAGGUGGGUGUAGCAGCCAUGGCUGCCCAGGGACUGCCCACAAGAAAGGUUAGUGCCUCCCCAUUAUGACGCUUUCUUUGUGGGUUUUUCAUGUUUCUGUGGGAGACAGACAGAGUAGGCAGUCUUUCCCCACACCUGACAGCUCCCCCCCCAACCCCCAGCAGCUCAGCCCAGCAGGGGUUGGGGGGGGAACUGCCCCAGGUAGCCACUAGUGAGCUCUUCCGUGAUGAGGGACCCGACUGCUUAGGGGCAUGGGUCCCUCAGGUCUGGCACAGGACAACUCAGCUCUGGGGACUAGGAGGAGCUGGCCUGGUGUUUCUAGGCAGCUGUUCCUGUCCCCUGGGCUAAGGGUGGUUGAGGCUGUGCCUUGCAGGGGUGGGGGAGGGGCCUCCAUGUGCUCAGCUCUGAAAUCAACUAUUAAAGGAGGGUUUGUACAAUAUA